GCCAUUCAUUUUCCCCGCACCCGAUAGAUGUACGCAUGUGUACGCACGCAGGGGCGCCGAUGUGUUUUUUCUCCCCAGAUCGACUGUACGUGUUUGGAGAGAGAUCGGGCAGGGCACAGUUCGCCGUGCAUUAGCUUGACACUGCACACGGCCUUGCAUGGCGAGUACAGCGUACGUGUACGUGUGCUACAUGGAACUGCUCAACACCGCCUAAAUCCGCGAAGAAAACAGCCCGUUUUUCAGCCCGUGUGGACGAAUUGGGACCGGAGAUCACCGGAUUUAAGCGACACCGACAUUUUUGCGAGAGAACACCGAGCAAGAUGGGAGAUCGUGAGCGACCCCCGCGGCCCAAGAUGACGGACAUCAAUCCCCUCAUCGUCUGCAUACUGUGCGGUGGCUACUACGUGGACGCUACCACCAUUGUGGAAUGUAUGCACAGCUAUUGCAGAGCCUGUAUCGUGGCCUACCUGCGGCAAAGCAAACAGUGUCCGACGUGUGACAUUCUCGUGCAUAAAUCCAGACCCAUGCAGAAAAUCAGGCCGGACACAACACUUCAGAAACUUGUCUAUAAGAUGGUUCCCGGAUUGUACCGAGACGAGAUCAGACGGAGGCGAGACUUCCACCGUACACACGUUCAACAUUCCGAAAACGGCGAGUCGACCAGUUCGAGCCCCCCUGAAGAUCCGACCAAGAUAUGCGACGACUCUAUCAUCAUCUACACGCACGAUGAAAUGAUCAGCCUAUCGCUCGAGUACUGUCAACCCAGUGCAUCAACUACUCGCGGUAAAAAGCAAAUGAACGGAGACAGCGAGCCACGGGACGCGGGGACGGAUAUCAACGGCAACGCCAUUGCCGACAAAAGGGACAUCGAUGCCAGAUAUCUCAGAUGUCCAGCGGCAGUCCAGAUCAGCCACCUGAAAAAGUUCAUCCGAAAUAAGUUCGGUUUACCACAAGCAUAUAAGGUUGAUGUACUUCAUCGUGAAGGAGGAGAUGACGUGCUAAGAGACAACUAUACCUUGAUGGACAUUGCUUAUAUCUAUACGUGGAAACGGAUGGGACCCUUGCCACUUCUUUAUCGCAUCUGUGAACCACUUCCCAGUAAUAACAAAAGGACGUGUAGUGACGCCAGUAUGACGUCAACGCCAGCUAGCAACGGCGAGUCCCCCGCCAAGAGCGCCAAAAUCCAGCCGCCAAUCAAAGUGACGAUUACCAGCACACAGCCACAGCCAGUCUUAGUGACAUGAGGGUGCCGUGAUAAAAUUUCCUUUUUUUUUUAAACAGGUGCACAGAUAUUGCAUAUUCCUCCAGGUACCAAAUUUACAACUAUCAGAAAGUUAAUCUAGAUAUCUGUCUGACAUGUAGUGUGCCUCUAUGUGACACGGGGCUAUUUAAUGUGUAAAUGCAGGAUUGCUAUAAGACUACUGAGACUAUACUUAAGACACUGUAAAAACAGAGUUUAGAGUUUAAACACAUUUCGCAACACUUGUUUUUACCCACUUUUAAAACAUGUGUAAAUCGAAGACAUGUUUAGAUGUAUGGACGUCUGUGACAUGUUUAAGUGCGUAUAAAGCCCAUUAGUACCAUCAAGUAUAAAUUGUAAAAGUGAAUAAAAAUGAUGGAUUGUUUUGCGUCGGGUGAUGUUAAUCAAUAUUAGGUUUUCCCCUUCACCGACAUAAACACUGUAUACUCAGUGUGUUACCUCCCGAGUGAAAUUUGGAAGAAAAAAAAACACUCGGGUGGAUAAAAAUGACUUAUCGGGUUGAAGUCAAAUGACAGGCUAUAAAUGCACACUUUUAUCACACUUUCAUUAUCAUCUCUCUACGUAAAACGAACAUACAGAUUUGACUCUUUUAUAAGUAAUUAUUAAUGGCACGUUCAGGCUUUCAUACAGUGCAAAAUCCUAAACAUGUCUCAGACUAAACAUGUAAACAAGUGAGUACCAGAAAAGUGUUUAAAUGCUAAGCACCAUUUUUACAGUGUACUUAAGUUCUCAUUGUCUUUUAGGUCAACAAUGGAAGCCAAUGAAGUAAUUCUCUUCACAGUAGUUUCGGUGGACGAACGUUUCGAGGUUUAGUAACAGACAAACUCUUAAGUGUUUCUUCAAAGAUGUGAAAUUGUGUUGUACUAUUUGAAUUAGAUUUAUGACAAUGUACAGUCGCUAAAUGUACACAUGUGUAUUAAUUUGUAAAGUAUUAAGUUCAGUUCUGGAGUGCAAAAAGAAGAUUUAGAAAAAAAGCUUACAAGCAAGGAAAAGAAAGGUGCACGAACCCACAAUAUCGUGGUUCAAAUAGGUUUCAUCAUUUUCGUUAUUCCAAUUGCUUUAAAACUAGGACAAUUCAUGUUGCAGUCAAGUAAUGUGGAAGACAUAUAACUUGAACAUUUGUAACCUUGAUACCGGUAUUUAAUUAUCAUUGAGUCGAAAUGACAAAAAUCUGCAAUGCAAUUUUGGCGCAAAUCUACACCUUUUUUUACAUCCCUUUUCUAAAUUGGUACAAAUGCUCUAUACUAAAAUGCUUCGUAUUGUCGCUGUGAAAUAAUGUAUUGAGUUUAUUAACUUUUAGCAAAGUUUGUGUACAGUUAUGGUGAUAUAUGUUGGUGUGUUAUUUUAACAAAGAGGUUUUAGAAUGAUGUAAUUCAAGACACUGAAACAGUAAAUGUUCAUAAUGUUUAUAAUAGAUACUUAUAGGUAACAAAUGCUUUGCUAUGAGGUACCUCUGUAUAACGGCAUUCAAUGGUUUGUAUUGUGUGGAACGAAGUGUUGUGUUUUACUUGAUAUAUCUGGUUUUGUAAAGUAAUGUGUUAUGUGUUAAGUUAUUGAAAAAAAGCUGAAAAUCUAAAUUGUCAGAAAUGAGAAUUGCGUCCAUUUUGUCGAGGAUCUUGUGGGAGAUGUUACCAUGAGUAUUUUGGGGAAAAUGAGAUUUAUGUAACUCUACCUAAAUUUGUAUUCCAAUCUUAAUUAUUCAGUUUAACACUCCAUUUUUUACACUUCCUAUGGAACAAAUGAGACUUGUGUUCGGGCGUAACAAUUUUUAUAUCUUGCCAAUCACCUGACAUUUUAUUAAUUUCCAAAGUUUUAUAUUUCUUUAUUUGAACAUAUUAAAGAUCAUUAAAGAGCAGUCACAUUACAACCUGCCACAAAUCGAA